AUGCUCGUCCGAACCUUUGUCGCUGUUCUGCUGCCUGUGCAAGCACUUGGAUUGGUAGUCCCUAGAGACGACCACCAGUGGCAAGCACCCGGGCCAAACGAUCGCCGCAGCCCCUGCCCCUUUCUCAACACGGCAUCCAACCACGGCUUCCUCCCCCGCGACGGCUUCAACGUUUCGCACCAGCAAAUCUUUGACGGCUUCAAGGAAGCCCUCAACUUUGACUCGUCGGCGCUGCUCGCGGCCGUCACCCUGGGGCAGACGACGUCGACGACGGGGCACCCCAGCACCAUGCACAUGGACGACCUCAACGUGCACAACGUCUUUGAGCACGACGCCAGCCUGAGCCGCAACGAUACAUACUUUGGCCCCGCCAUCAAGUUCGAAAAGUCCAUCUGGGCCCAGACCCUCACGCACUUCCCGGACCCCUACAUCUCGCUGUCGCAGGCCAAGGCCGCCCUGGAGGCCCGCAUCGCCGAGUCCAAGGCCACCAACCCGCAGCACGUCUUUGGCGUGCUGGCGCAGUCCAUCGUGGACAUCGAGACGGCGACCUAUACGUUUGGCACCGGCGGGGGUGUCAAUGGCGGCGCGAACCGGGAGUGGUUGAAGGUUAUUUUUCAGGAGGAGCGGUUCCCAUACGAGCUUGGUUUCCACAAGUUUGAGCAGGUGGCCACGGGAGAAAUGGUGGACCAGUUUAUCGCAAACCUCAAGGCUGCGCCGCCGGUGUAA